UGGGACUUGGAUAUGUAUGACAAGGAUAACAAUCAGCCGGCCGUCGCCAAUUCGUCAGACUUGAACGAAGAACUCGGCCAGGUUGAAUAUCUGUUUACCGACAAGACUGGCACGCUCACUGAAAAUUUGAUGGUGUUCAGGCGUUGCUCAGUUAACGGCAACUUGUAUAUGGAAAAAGAUUGCGACGGAAAUCUUCACUUAUUGCCACCAAACGGAAACGAGACAGAGGCCAUCAAAAUGUCAUCGUGGGAGGGUGACAUUUGGCAUUUCAUGAUAAGCAUAUCGUUAUGCCACUUGGUCCAAAUCGCGCCGCCGAGUCGACGUCCCGAGGUCGUAACCAGACGUACUCUGUUCCGUGAGAGUUUCAGAUUGAAAAAAGUCACGAGGGUCAACAGCUCGUUGAUGAUGCAUCCGGACCUGCCGGAAUAUCAGGCGGCGUCGGCAGACGAAAAGGCGUUGGUGGAGGCGAGUGCCAGAUGCGGCGUUGUUUUACAAAAGAAUACUAACGAGGAAAUGCACAUCAAGACCGACAACAGUAAUCUGAUCUUCCAGAAAUUAGAAAUACUAGAGUUCAGCUCUG